CUCCCUGAUCUCCCUCCUCCUCUCCCUCUCUCUUCUCCUCCCCCUCUCCCUCUCCCCCUGUCAAAUGUCACUCUUUGGGUUUGUCUAAUCGUUGAUUGGUUUUUCUUUUCACGGUACUAUCUCCUUUUCUCUAUCUCAUUGUCUAAAUGGCUUUCAAGAUUCCUCUGAGAGAGCUACUCUCCUUCCAUUCUGUUGACAGACAAAUAUUUUCAAGACUCAUUCUGAAUUGUUUGAGAAAACCUUCGGAAACACUCUUGGUCAUGGCCAUGUGGCUAUGGCUAGAAGAGAUAGGAUACCCCAAUAUCGUGGCAAAAAUCUUGAUACUCCCAGACUCCAUAGUGAAUGCCAUAGCCAAUGAAGCUGUUCUCUGUUUGAAGUGUCUUUCUUCUGAUUCUCCUCCUCCUCGUUUGCCCUCUGGCAAUCUUCCUCUCUCUUCAAGAGCCAUGGAAAUGGAGAUUUCUCUGCAGAUGUUUUUCCAAAAUAAGUUCACUGCAAUAAGUGGGAUAAAAAAGUUUCUGAACAGUGUGUGUUCUUGGGCUUUUACUGACAUUUUAGUGCAGGUUUUGCCUUCUGCCUCGCAGGUCCUCCUGAACCAACCUGUUGCUGUCCCGGGUUUCCCACAUCCGUUGUUUGGCAAUGUCACCAUUGUGCUACGAUCUUUGGAUUAUUCCUUUCCCAUAGGAGGUUUACAUGGGUGGAACCCAACUACUGAGGCUCCGGUGGAUGACAGAACUAUGUUCUUGACUUUCUCAAGAGGUAACAAAGUUAGUGAGAGUGAUGUGAGGGAGCUUUUUACAGGACUGUUUGGAGAUUGUGUUGACAGUGUGAAUAUGGAAGAGGUCUCUAGAAACAGACAGCCAUUGUUUGCUCGAUUGGUUCUGCGAUCUGUCUCCACUGUUGAUCGUAUUUUGAAUGGGAGCUCCAUAGCGAAAUUUACUAUCAACUCCAAGCACGUUUGGGCUAGAAAGUAUGAGCGCAGAGAGUAGUUUGCCUGCGAAAUUCCGCACACAUGUUUGUCUUAUGGUAGUUAUUGUAAUAAAAAAAGCAUUGUAAUGGAUCCUCUAUCUCUUUUUUCU